CUAAGGGAGGUAAAUUGUAAUAACCGCUGCUGUAGGGUCCGGAGAUUACGAGCUUCCAGAAAGCGAUUCUUCUACUGCAGGAUCAACGGGCGCUGCAGCAGUGGGAUGAGAGUUGAAGUCAACGUCAUCUCCGCCGCUGUGUGCGUCGACUCCGCCAGCCGCUGCAGGCCUGCCGCACCGAAUCAAGUGUGGCGUCGAUGGCCGGAACCACCAGUUAGAAACUUGCUUUUGGUGUCGUGGCUCCUACUGCGACGCCCAACGAGCAAUCUACGGCGGCUUUGCCGUGCGUAUGGUUGAUAGAGAUAAUUAAUCUAAUCCAUGUGGAAGAAGACCAGACAAUCUGGAGACUUGAGCAGAGUCCUGGCAUGUUGGAUUAGGAUGUAGAAGUCAGUGUGAUGUAAUAAUCCAUUCGUGGCCAGCCCAUGUUGCCCAAAUUUUAUUAGGCCCAAAAAGAGAGUCGUUAAGGUCUUCAACGUAACCCUAAUCAGGGGCAGGAGACGCGAUGCGGUGACUAUGGCCACCGGAAAAAGGGCAGCGGGACGAGAGAACCCAAAUGGAAGGCGGUGGGAGGACCUCAACCCGGAGUUGCUGGUGACGAUCUUUCAGAGGUUAGGGGUGGCCGAUCUCAUCGCCGGCGUUCCCUUCGUUUGCUCUUCUUGGCGCGCCGCUACGCUCGAUCCCCUCUGCUGGCUGGAGCUCGACUUUCGCGACUGGAUCCGUAUCUUCCAGCAAAUAGGUGUCUCUCCGUCCUGCGAUCUCAGAUCUGUCUUCAGCCACAUCCUCCGAUUUGCUGUCGCUCGCAGCCGUCAUCUCCUUAAAUGUAUAUAUUUUCCUUCCUUCGUCUUCGACGAGGAUUUAUUCAAUGUCGCCACAAGUUGUCCAAGAUUGGAAUUUUUCGACUUCCCAAACGGUGAUUCAGCAAUGGAGGUUGAAUUAUUCUGCAACGCUAUCACUCGACUCAAGUUCCUAAGAGGCAUGAAAGUGAACGAGCGCUUCAUAGAGUUUGAUGUGCUUCAACAUGUUAAUCAGUGCUGCGUUCACUUGACAGACCUGGGAGUCUUUUCUCAUGGCAUGGAUGCGCGCAUGGCGUCCAUUAUUUGCGAGUCUCUUCCAUCUAUUCGUAAGCUUGAGAUUACAGAUCCUGCGAUCUCAUCACAAGCAAUCAUUGUGUUUCUAGACGGAUUGAAGGAACUCGAGCAUUUUGAUAUCUCUGGAUAUAAGAAUUCUCCGAUCACUGAUGUGGUUCUUAAGAAGGCUUUACGUCUCAAAAUUUUCAUAUGGAACUCAGGAAUCGAGUUGGGUGAAUUUAUUGACUGCAGUUUUUGUGGCCCAAAUAUAGUUAUGAAGGAAUCCUGCAUGACUUCCAAAUCAACAUUUCAGAGUGUUGAAGAUGUGAGUGCCCUGUUUGAGUUCCAUGAAUUGGUGGAUCUCCGAGAAAAGCACUGCAUACCUCAGAAAUCUUGCAAAUGUUUGGAUCUUCUAGAUUGCAGUGAGGACUAUUCACUGCAUAAACCCUGCAUGUGCAUGCUUAAAGAAAAGGAGAUAUGUGUGCUUUCUGGAUAAGGUUGGCAUUUGGUCGUGAGGCUGAGGUCUGCCACUUUUAUGUUAUCAUCAAGGAGAUAACACCGGCCGGGAAUAUAUUUAUACAGAGGUUACCUGGCAUGGGCCUCUCUUCUUUCCUCAUGCACGUGCGUUACCAUCGUCCCAAGGAGGCGUGGCUGGUCAAUGCGACAUCGUGGUGUGGCUGCCACGUGUUUGGUCGGGAGCAACAAGUAAAUCUUUCGCACUGUGAAGCCCCAGGGAAGCUUAUUUAAUUCUAUACCGUCCUACUUUAUUAUGCUAUUGCAUUGUCUUUUUGCAUACAUCGUCGGUACAUGGCUUGGAACAUUGUAUUUUGUUCUCUCCCAUUAAUUUACUGGGGAGUAGGCCAUUUGGCUAUCUGCAUAUUUGUUACGUGGCCUUUGUUUUUGAAGGCAAUUCUUAUGGAGAGGCCUCCAUAGGAUUUCCCAGGGAGGACCUCUGGUGCUACAUGACUUUGAACGUUGUGUAGCAUUUUGAAUGGGUUGACUUAUAAGCACUGUUAUAUACUGAUAUACAGGGAUUCAAUUUGUUGAAUGUUUCAUGGUACAGUUGAGUGUCUACAUUAAUGGCCAUAACUUGUGUUGGACUGCAUAGGCAUUCUGUCUGGAGCCGGUGUCCGGUGCCGGCUCUGUUUUUGAUUGACAACAAAAUGUGAGCAAGGGAUGAACAACCCAUGUCUUGUCUGCUUAUAUAAAAUUCAGGUAUCAUUAAUGCAGACGUUUCUCCAAAUUAGACCCUACUUAUAGAGCAAUCUUUAUUUCUUUCUACCUUUUCAAAGUUAAUUAAGAGAGGAAGUACUACAUCAGGAUUCGGGUUACAUACUACUAUUAAUCUAUUGAUUUUUUUUCUUUCUAAAAAAAAGAGAUCAAUGGUUUAUUUAAUUGGUCAUGCCUGGGUAAUUUUCAUAGGUUGCUGCAUAUAAUCGAACUAGGAUUACCAUAAACGCCAAGGAAUCCCAUGGUCCUUUACUUCACUGUGUUUUGCAUUACUUAUUGUUUGUUUCUAUGCUUCUCCAAGCCAUUGGAACUCGUAUCUUUAGAUUUUGAACAAACAAACUAGCUAUAUAUUCUUUAUUUUACCAGUGUAGAAUCACUGAUCUCCUAUGGUGGCUUUCAUCUUUUCAGAUAUGGUUAAAUCUUCGACGAAAGUAAACUAGGUAGCCAAGCAAGGCAGACAAAGCAGUGACCAGGCCUUGUGCGGUGGGUAUCAAACAAUCUGAAUAUUACAGGUACAGGCAACAAUAAGGAUUAGUAUUAGAAUGAUUAAUUAUAUUGAAGGAGUGAGUCACAUUUACGCCUCUGAGCCACUGACAUGUUAAGAAUUUAACAACAAUUCCACAUGCACUGAUGCGUUGUCGACCCAUACAAUAAAUGUAGAUGGAUAAACAUACUGUGGCUCUUAAUGAGCACACACAGAUAUAUAUGUCUAUCUUCCGAACGAGUAAUCCAUCUCUCUGUACUGAAGUACUUAUAAUAAGAAAGGC